CCAGCAGCAGCAGCAGCAGCAGCAUCGGCAUCGGCGGAGGAGGCAGCAGCAGCAGCAGCCAGAGCAGGAGCAGCAGCCAGGACCACAACAAAACCCUGCCCGCCCUGCCUCCUGGAGCUCAGCCUGGAGCCCCUCCGCGGCUCCUCCCGCUUCCUCAGCCCCGAAAGCAAGGAGGAGGAGGAGGAGGAGGAGGAAGGAAGAGGGCACCUGAAAAAGAAGAAGAGGAAGAGGGGGAAGAAAAAGAAAAGGAAGAAGAAAAAGAAGGAGCAGCAGCAGCAGGAGGAGCAGCAAGAACCCUCCUGGCCUCCUGCUGGCCCCGGUGUCCCUCCAGCUGCCAUCCACGAUGCCCCGGAGGAAGCAGCAAGCGCCCCGACGCGCCGCAGCUUACGUUUCGGAUGAGCUGAAGGCAGCUGCCAUGGUGGAGGAUGACCUAGAACCUGAUGAGAAUGCUGUCGAUGGAGAACCUUCUGCAAAAUAUGCCUGUCCGGAAAAGGACUUCACUAAGAACUGCCAGAGUUAUCAGAACUCUCCAGCCGCAGAAUUUUCCAGCCACGAAAUGGACAGUGAGUCACACAUCAGUGAGACGAGCGACCGAAUGGCCGACUUUGAGAGUGGCUCCAUCAAAAACGAGGAGGAGAGCAAAGAGGUCUCCAUACAGUUGGACGAGUCGGUUGUGUCGGACAGCCUGGAACAAAUGAAAGCCGUUUAUAAUAACUUCCUCUCCAACUCGUAUUGGUCCAAUCUGAACUUGAAUCUCCACCAGCCAACCUCUGAAAAAAACAAUGGCAGCAGCAGCAGCAGCAGCAGUAGCAGCAGCAGCUGUGGGAGUGGCAGCUUCGACUGGCAUCAGACGGCCAUGGCGAAAACACUGCAGCAAGUUUCACAGAACAGAAUCCUUCCCGAGCCCAGCCUUUUUAGCACAGUUCAAUUGUACAGACAAAGCAGUAAGCUUUAUGGCUCUAUAUUUACUGGAGCCAGUAAAUUCCGCUGUAAAGACUGCAGUGCUGCCUAUGAUACUUUAGUAGAAUUAACAGUGCACAUGAAUGAAACAGGACAUUAUCGGGAUGACAACCAUGAAACUGAUAACAAUAACCCUAAAAGAUGGUCCAAGCCUCGUAAACGCUCUUUGCUUGAAAUGGAAGGAAAAGAAGAUGCCCAGAAAGUAUUAAAGUGUAUGUACUGUGGCCAUUCAUUUGAAUCACUUCAAGACUUGAGUGUUCAUAUGAUCAAAACAAAACAUUACCAAAAAGUGCCUCUGAAGGAACCUGUAACCCCUGUAGCAGCAAAAAUUAUUCCAGCCACUAGAAAGAAAACCUCACUGGAGCUAGAGCUUCCAAGUUCUCCAGACUCCACUGGUGGGACACCAAAAGCAGCUAUCUCUGACACCAAUGAUGCACUUCAAAAGAAUUCCAAUCCUUACAUCACACCGAAUAAUCGCUAUGGACACCAAAAUGGUGCCAGCUAUGCUUGGCAUUUUGAAGCAAGGAAAUCUCAGAUUCUCAAGUGCAUGGAAUGUGGGAGUUCCCAUGAUACUUUGCAGGAACUCACUGCCCAUAUGAUGGUGACAGGACACUUCAUUAAAGUCACCAACUCUGCCAUGAAGAAAGGGAAACCCAUCAUAGAAGCCCCAGUCACACCAACCAUCACAGCUUUGCUUGAUGAGAAAGUCCAGUCUGUACCCCUUGCAGCAACAACUUUCACAUCUCCUUCCAAUACGCCAUCUAGCAUUUCCCCAAAGCUAAACAUGGAAGUAAAGAAAGAAGUUGACAAGGAGAGAAUACCUAUUGAUGAAAAGAUGAAAGACAAGGAAAAGUUGGGUGACGAUGAGGAAAAAUAUGACAUCUCCUCAAAAUAUCAUUAUUUGACUGAAAAUGACUUAGAGGAGAGUCCAAAAGGAGGGCUAGACAUUUUGAAGUCUUUAGAAAAUACAGUCACUUCAGCUAUUAACAAAGCCCAGAAUGGCACACCAAGUUGGGGCGGCUAUCCCAGUAUUCAUGCUGCUUAUCAACUACCGAAUAUGAUGAAGCUGUCCUUAGGUUCAUCAGGGAAAAGUACUCCCUUAAAACCUAUGUAUGGAAAUGCUGAAAUGGUUUCCCCAACCAAAAGCCAGCCACUCAUUUCGCCACCGAGCAGCCAAACAUCCCCUGUGCCAAAAACAAACUUCCAUGCCAUGGAGGAGCUGGUUAAGAAGGUCACUGAGAAAGUGGCCAAAGUUGAAGAAAAAAUGAAGGAGCCUGAAGGAGGGAAGCUUUCACCAAUGAAGAGAGCAACACCUUCGCCAUGCAGCAGUGAAGUUAGUGAACCCCUCAGGAUGGACACCUCUAACGAUAUUGGGUUCAAGAGCCAAGAGAAUAGCCCAAUUCCUCAGAGGGAGAACUGCAAAGAGAGCCCAACUGGGGAGCCACUGGAAAAUGGCAAGGAGCUUGUCAAGGCCAUCCCAAAUACUCUGAAUAGCAGCACAGCUAUUAUAACUGACCAUCCUCCAGAACAACCAUUUGUAAAUCCAUUAAGUGCAUUGCAGUCUGUCAUGAAUAUUCAUCUUGGGAAGGCAGCUAAGCCCUCUCUGCCUGCCCUAGACCCAAUGAGCAUGCUUUUUAAAAUGAGCAACAGCUUAGCAGAAAAGGCUGCUGUGGCUACCCCACCUUUGCAGUCCAAAAAGCCAGACCACUUAGACCGUUAUUUUUAUCAUGUCAACAAUGACCAGCCCAUAGAUUUGACGAAAGGCAAGAGUGACAAAAGCUGCUCUUUGGGUUCAGCACUUUUGUCAUCCACAUCGACGUCUUCGGCAUCUUCUUCAUCUACAGUGACAAUGGCAAAGACAUCUGCAGUUGUGUCAUUCAUGUCAAACUCGCCGCUACGCGAGAAUGCCUUGUCAGAUAUCUCUGAUAUGCUGAAGAACCUGACAGAAAGUCACACAUCAAAAUCUUCCACACCUUCCAGUAUCUCUGAGAAGUCUGACAUUGAUGGUACGACAAUUGAGGAACCAGAAGAGACGACCCCAGCUCAGAAAAGGAAGGGACGCCAGUCCAACUGGAACCCUCAGCACUUGCUCAUUCUGCAGGCCCAAUUUGCAGCCAGUUUACGACAGACAUCAGAAGGGAAAUACAUCAUGUCGGACUUAAGCCCACAGGAGAGAAUGCACAUUUCUAGAUUUACAGGGCUUUCAAUGACCACCAUUAGCCACUGGUUGGCCAAUGUGAAAUACCAGCUUCGAAGGACAGGGGGGACAAAAUUCCUUAAAAAUCUGGACACUGGGCACCCAGUGUUCUUUUGUAAUGACUGUGCUUCACAAAUCCGAACUCCUUCGACGUACAUCAGUCACCUUGAAUCACAUCUGGGUUUCAGGCUACGGGACUUGUCAAAACUGUCUAGUGAACAGCUAAACAAUCAGAUAGCACAAACAAAGUCGCCCUCUGAAAAACUGUUGGCGCCUUCGCCAGAGGAAGAUAUAGGGACCUCGUACCAAUGUAAACUUUGCAACAGGACUUUUGCAAGCAAGCAUGCUGUCAAGCUCCAUCUCAGUAAAACACAUGGGAAAUCUCCAGAAGAUCAUCUUCUGUAUGUUUGUGAAUUAGAAAAACAGUAGCAUUUACUUUUGGACAUACAAAAGACAGCAGCAACAACUGUACGUGGCUUUGAGGAAAACUGUCAAAAUAUGCCUUAAAGCUACCCUUUUUCUGUUCUUGGCACAUAAAUCUUGUUUUAACUCUGGGGUGUCACUCUGGCCUGAAUGACUUUUCUCUCUUUCUCUCCUGUUUUUGUAUAACUGUACAGUGUUUAAUAGAGGUGCAUAAUCAGCUGUUGUUACUGGUAAAAUAUGAAGGUUAAAACGCAGUGGUAAGUGUUUGGAACUUUGUGUAAAUUGGGGUUUUAGUUGCUGUGCAUCCCUCCGAUGCCUCAAGCUGCAUGCAUUAACAAAACAUUUAAUUAAGCAUUUAUUAAUGAAUUCUGGUGCACUUUUUCAUGGAGACUUAAGUGUGCUGGUAGUUCUCACCCUGUAAAUCUUUAGCCCUCUGAGUACUUUGAAGCACUUUUGAAUUAAUUUGGUUUUCUUUCCUUUUUGAACAUAUGGAUAUGUUUUACCUUAAAAAAAAAAAGAUAUCCCCUUCCAUUUUGGAACAGAUCUAGAGUUGAACAGCACCUCUAAGAAUGGGCUCAAACAAAUAGCGUCACCAGCUGGUGCAUCCAGUUGUUUGGUUUUCUUCAUAAUGUUUUGAAGGAAAGUCACACGGAGAAUAGAGACAAAUGUUUACCAUGUGAGUUUUCCUUCAGUUUGAUGUCACUUGAGUAUUGGCCUGGUGGUACCUCCUUUGGCACCCCAAACCAUUUGUAUUUCAGGGACCCGAUGCCUUGUUUCAGAGCUUCCAGUAUCCAUAGCCCAAACAUAUAUGUGGAUCCUUUUUCUUCCAUUUUUUCUUAGGGCUGACAUGGACCCUAAGUCCUCACUGUUUGGCUUUCUGGGAUAUCUGCAAUGCACAUGGAAAGCUACAUGACCUAAAUACUAAUGUUAGUCCCACUCAGGAGAGACCCAUUGAAUUAAGUUGGGAAUACCAAUCUUCAUUCAACAAUUGAUUCAUUGGGUCUACUACGGUUAGGACUAAUCAAUUGGAUUCUGGACAAUUGUCUUUCCUGAAGACAUAUUCUGUGUACCUGGAUGUGUAUCAGACACUGCCUUCUGGAUAUGCCCUUUGUUGGAGUUAACUGAUGAAUCUCCAUGUCUGUGAGAGUGGCACGCAUCCUGAAAUUUUAAAGUAUAUUAUUUUCACAUUGAAACAUAGAUGUGUAUAUUGUAUAGAUUUUAAAAUCCUCUAAUGGGAAAAAAAAUGCGAUUGUGGACAAUGCCAUUUCUCCACCUCCUCCUCUUUCUCCCUCUCUGCUGCCUCUUCUCCAACAUUUUUAUCAAUGAUGGAUUUUGUACCUAAUUCUCUCGCAAGUAUAAGCGGUACCUAUAAAUAUAUAAAUAUAUAAAUAUAUAUAUAUAUAUAUAUUAUAAUAAUGUAUAUUUCUUUUCUAGGUCAAGGGGUUUUCUUUUAACAUCUGAACAAUGUAAAUUAUAUGCAAGAGACGACAGAUAGCAUUUAUAAAGUAUUCAGAAACAUUAUUCUUGAAGCAAAGUAUGUUUGGUUUUUGUUUUGUUUUGCUAUACAGUACAUCUAUAUUGAUAGAGAUUCAUAUUUAAAUUAUACAUAUUUAUUAGUUGUUUGCUACCGGUUUUUUUGGUUUUUUAAAGAAAAGCAUUCUGAUAACAGAAGCCACGGACUGGCGUGCAUUAUAUCUAUUUUGCACAACAUGAAUUUUAAAGGUAUUUAUUAGUAAAAUGAAUCACAAAAAAAAAUCACAAAAGAAAAUUCAAAAUUAACUCAGUGCUCAAAGGGUUAAAUCUAUUUGGGGGCAGGAGAAUCGAAGGGGGGAAAUUGUACUGUAUUUCCUAAACAUUGAUAAAAAAAGAAAGCAAGCCUUUAAAAUGUUUGUACUGUAAUACUUUGCUUAAAAGUUAUGAGUUAUUCUGUGAUACAACCUCCUCUACUUAUUUAUAAGCGCUCUUGGUUGUUGUUUCAUAUCGCAGAAUGCCUUCUCUCUAUUUCUCUCCCCCCCCGACUUCAGUUGGUAACUUUCUGUUUUGUUCUUCCUAAUUAUUCUCCCAAGAUUUCAUACUGCAGUUUUUAUCUUUAAGCAUAUGAAAGGUAACCCGUGGUUACCAGCGCACUAAGUGAUUCUGUUCGUCUCCAUUUUUGGCAGUUAAUUUGCAGAAGUAACUGACAGCUGACACCAUACGAGAAUCUAUGUGUACAAUAUUGGCAUGUAAACAGCACAGACCCAGAAUCGCACAUUCUGUGCCCCUGUUCUGUUGUUGACAAUGUGGCACCAUUAUAUGACUCUUCAUAUAACCUUUUUUUUCUACAGCUGCAUUAAAAUUGUCUU